AACUUGUUUAUUUUAUUACAAUCUAAACACGAUUUCCGGUUUACAAAUUACCAAAUUAUUUCCCUGGACUUUGUUUUCAACAUAAUUUGCAUCCUAUUAUCCACAAAAUUCGUCUACCUAACGAUAUAACCAUAACAGAAAAGUUGAGUGAUGUAACAGAAGUUGUGGUCCUAGGACAUAGAGCUGAAAAUAAUAGUUUGGUGACAAGAAUACCUUGGAUCCACAAUUAUGACUGAAGUACCAAAGGCAUUAGAAUUAAUGUCUGAUCUGAGAAGUAAAACACAAGAUGUUAUUAACCAUACAGACAACAUUUUAAAGAAGGCCAAGGAAGGACAAUAUGAUACGUCAAAGGGAAUCAGUUUUCUUGAGACCAAGUACCAGUUGUUACUAAGUUAUUUGAUUGACUCAACAUUCCUAUUCCACAAGAAGACAAGCAGCCAGUCCAUCAGUGGGGAUCCUUCUAUAGAACGACUUGUAGAGAUUCGUACUGUAUUGGAGAAGAUGAGACCAAUAGAUCAGAAACUCAAGUAUCAGAUAGAUAAAGUGAUUAAAACAGCGACCACAGGAGGAACAGAUGAGGCAGAUCCACUCAGAUUUAAAGCCAAUCCAAAUAAUUUCACUAACAAGUUAGAGGAUGAAGAUGAAUCGGGAACAGAUGAGGACAACGAAACAAAAUCUACCAACAAAUCAAAAGUUUAUGUCCCACCAAGACUUACACCUGUACAUUAUGAUUUGGAUGAGACGGUUAAAGAUAAAGAAAGUAAGGCAAUAGAGAGAGCAAAGAAGAGAGCUUUAAGUAGUAGUAUACUGAAAGAACUGAGAGACGAAUAUUACGAAGGACCAGAAGAAGUCAAGGAAAGUAUUGACUUACACAGAUUUAAAGCCAACAAGAAAGCUAAAGAAAGGACAGAAUAUGAAGAAGAAAGAAUGAUGAGAAUGUCCAUAUCAAAGAAAGAUAAGAAUGCUAUGAGAAAAUUGGGAACUUUAUCAUCUUUAAAUAACCUGACCCAGUUUGAUGACAUCAGUAUAUUAGAUGAUGAAAGACAAGGAGAAUUUUCUAUGGAAAAAGGGAAGAAAAGAAAAUUUAACAGCAAGGGCAAGAAAGGAAAGAAAGGAGGAUUUAAGAAGAAGAGGAGAUGAUUUAUACAAUAAAAUUAUGAAAAUUAAUUUAUGUUCAUGUAUUU